GGUAGCUGGGAUGGGAGUAUAAAUUAUGUCGUACAUCGGAUUGCCGUAGAACCAACUUCUGAAGAACGAUGAUGUACCUCAAGCCAUUGGCCCUGGCGCUUUGUUUCAUCGGAUGUCAGUAUGCUCCCGCAAAAGGAGGAGGAGUUGCUACAGAAAACAGGGACAUAUUCAAGACGCUGAACAGGACCAGAGUCUACUUUUUGGUGCGGCGGACAUACCAGAGACCUGGAGGACGCAGUGAGUGCGCAUAUAGAAGAAUUCUUCAGACAAAUGCAGACCAUUCCAUUUUGAUGAUGAUGGGCGAGCGUGAUAAAAAGGGUGCUUACAACAAGGAUAAAGUGUACGUCACCACAAGAUUAGGAAGGAAUGACGAGAGGAAUCAUAUGAGAGUCUCAUAUACAGGAUAUAAGGAUCGAGGUGUCGAAUACAAAAUGAUAUAUGACGACGCAGACGGCUGCAGCAUUUUCAAAGUGAUAACAGAUGAGCGAGAAGGUCCUAGGCUCGAGGCUGGAGAGUGUGAAAUGUGGGCUGCGAAGAAAGUAGCAAUCAAAAUUAGAUCCAUUUCUGCCUGCGAAGUCGCCUACUCGACACUUUGCAAGCCAGACACCAAAAAAGAGGACACACCGUAUUUGAGCACCUGCACGGAUCCACCGGCUAGACUGUAACCUUCAAGUCUUACACCCGCUUGCUGUGACGACAGUCGUUCCAGAAGGGUUUGAAGAAAGCCUACAAUCGGCACCCCUUGUCGGUUUUCAUUCUUGAAUAAACAAGCUGUAACAA